AUGUUCGAUGUGAUUGUGGUUGGGGCGGGAGGGACCAUGGGGUCCAGUGCCCUGCAUCACUUAGCCAAGUCUGGUGUGAAGGAGUUGCAGCAGGCAUCGGGGCAGGUGAGCGAUGGAGCAGAGACAACGGGAGCUGAGCUGGUCUGCGGGGCAGCGGUGACAGGGUGGCGGGUGGACGAUCAGGGGACUGUCCAUGUCCACACCAGCAAGGGGGAGUACGAGGGCAGGAAGCUCAUCCUGGCGCCUGGGGCAUGGCUUCCCAAGCUGGUCCCCGAGCUGCAGAGCCUGCUCAGCGUGGAACGGCAGGUGGUGGGCUGGUUUGAGGUCUUGAACGGGUCUGCAGACUUUGAUGCUGACCGAUUCCCCAUGUUUGUCAUGGACGACAGGGACGGAUGCUACUAUGGGUUUCCCAAAGACGCCCGCGGUUUCAAGUUUGGUAAGAUCCACCAUCUGGGAGAGAUUGUCGACCCUGACAGGGUGGCACGUCACACCACUAGCCUCGACGAGGCCACCCUACGCCGGGCGGUGCACAAGUACUUCCCCGGCGCGUCGGGCCCCCUGAACCAUGCCGCCGUCUGCCUGUACACCAACACACCAGAUGAGCACUUCCUGGUCGACCAGCACCCCAACCAUCCCCAGGUCAUCCUCUGCUCCGCGUGCUCGGGCCAGGGCUUCAAGUUUGCCAGCGUGAUGGGCGAGGUGCUCAAGGACCUGGCCGCCAGCGGCGCCACUCGCCACGACAUCGCCUUCAUGCGCCUGGAUCGCAAGCGCCCAGGCCACGCCCAGGUUCUCGACAGCUUCCAGGAGAGCGCACAGGGUCUGCAGCCCUCCUCUCGGCUCUAG